AUGUCUCUGAUCUCCCAAUGGGUCGAUAAGACUCUAGAAGCCACGGGCAUGGAUGCAGUGGAUGCUCUACGCGCGUUCUUCCUUCUGGCCGCCGCCACGACCAUCUCAAUUAGCAUUCCAACCCCUCUACGGUCCCGCUUCCUCGUCUAUGGCCCUCGCGCAACCUCGGUCUCGAGCUCCACCGGCUCUGCACCAUCGAGCGGCCGGAACCCUUCCGCCGCGAGCAAGGGCUUCCUGGACUAUCUUGCGACUUGGCAGGUGCCACAUAGCUACUUUACGCAGUUCUACGUUGUAUCUGUCCUGUCAUCGGUGUUCUGGGUUGCGCAGUUCCUAUUGCGGGGUGUUGUGUUCCAAGCCAUUGCCUCCCGCGUUAGCGAGGAACAUCAAAAGCACUCUAUGUCCAUGUCUCAGCUAAUUGUCUGUUGGGCGUUGCUGGCUAUUCAGGGAUCGCGGAGACUGUGGGAGUGUAUUACUUUUUCAAAGCCCUCAUCGUCGAGGAUGUGGUUUGUUCACUGGCUGUUGGGCUUGGGAUUCUAUUUGGCUGCUGGUGUUGCUAUUUGGAUUGAAGGAUCAGGCACUAUGUUGACCACAAAACUGACCAUUGCCCAUCUGCAGAUGACCAAUGCCCCAAGUUUGCGCACUUUCUUACUCGUCCCACUCUUCCUCGUGGCGUCUGGUCUGCAGCAUGACUCUCAUCACUAUCUCUACUCGUUGAAAAAGUACACCCUCCCGGACCAUCCCAUGUUCCGCGGUAUUGUGUGCCCCCACUACGGUGCAGAAUGUGUUGUCUACCUCUCGUUGGCGCUGUUAGCUGCGCCACAGGGUGAAUGGAUCAACAAAACCAUGUUGUCUUGUCUGAUUUUUGUUGCGGUCAACCUAGGCUUGACAGCUCGCAAUACUAAGCAGUGGUAUGCGCAAAAGUUUGGCAAAGACUCGGUUCAGGACUGGUGGCUCAUGGUUCCUUAUGUCUACUAA